UAGGACUAAACCUGAUCUAGUCCGUUCCUUCUCGGAGAUCCCGGCCCCGCAUUCUCAGACUCUCAGCCAUCAAUCACUAAGCCCACCGUGACGGCUACCUGAGGCUGGGCCUCGGACCGUCUCUUCCGCCGGAACCCUUCUGCCCAGCCCCAGUCGAGCACUUUUUGUUAGAACACAUACAACCGGAAGCUGGUGGAGGAAGACAAAUCGGAGAGAACCUGGAGAUGGCUUGGAGGAGUAACCUCGCUUGCCUCAUCAAGGCCAGAGGGAGAUGGAGCUGGUUUCCAAUCCCAGAGCACUCAUUCCUGCCUCCAGUCCUAAAUAAUAUCCGCUGUCAGAGAAAAUCUACUGCACCGGAGAAAAUUGUUGCCAGUGUUGUUUCUGGUACAAAUGGAAAGGAACCUGGGGAUGCCCUGGACAAGCUCUUCUCCCCAGAACAGCAGGCUUCUGUCUUGCAUGUGUUGAAUACAGCGUCUGAUAAAGAACUGGAAGCUUUCAGAUUGCUUCGUGGAAGAAAGUCCGUCAAUAUCGUAGAACACAGGAAGAAGUUUGGGCCAUUUCAGAGCUUGGAGAGUUUGAUAGAUGUGCCCUUCAUCCAGUAUAAAACUGCGGUUCAAGUUUGUAACUCUAUUCUUUGUUCAGAGAAUGGAAGGAAAGAAAAGUCACAGGAAAAGUGGCUGCUGAGAAAAUUCAUCAAGCCAGCUAUAGAGAGAGAAAGACUUAAGGAAGUUAAUAGUAUCGUAUCUAUUGUUUUUGGUACUCGGAGAAUUGCGUGGGCUCACCUUGACCAGAAACCCGCAGUGCUGGACUGGCAGCAGACUGAGUGUUGGAAAUUAACGAACAGAAUAUACCCCUCAUGUAUCUAUCUGGAAGAGAUUUCUUCAGUCAUUUCAAAGAUGCCUAAAGCAGAUCUCUACAUUUUGGAAAAAUCGGGCCCUUCCAUUCAGAACACGUCUCUGUUUCCUAUACUGCUACACUUUCUUAUCACAGAAGCCAUGCUGUAUGCCUUACUCAACAACACUUUCGCCACAGAUGGCCAGCAUCGGGUGCUGAGCAUGAAUCGGAAUGCUGUGGGCAAGUACUUUGGCCUGAUGAUCGGGGACACAAGGACUAGUGGGCGCCAGCUAGUGAAGCAGCUCCUCUCCGAGUCUGUGCUGAAGAAGGAGCCUCGGGUGUUCUUCCCACAGGAGCGAGUAGUGCACUACAGACAGAAGAUCCUGAAGGACACGCACCACAUCGAAGAGUUAUAUGAUUCACUGUUACAAGCUGUUGCCUUUCACGAGUUAGCUUUUGGCAGAGGCCCAGAGCACAGAUGUUAAUGCACUUGCUCUAGUGUUGUAUUAAUUUAUUAAACCAACUGUUACCAUCCUCCAUGUUAGUGGAGAAGAAAACAUUUUGAGUAUAUUUUCUGUUUAUAAAAUGAGAUUUUUGGUUGUGAAGUAGUAUACAUGAGCCAAGACCAAAUCAAUAAAUAUUUUAUGAAAUUUUGUA